AUGUCUUCUUUCUCUCCUGCUGACCUGGGCAAUCUAGAUGACAACUCCAAGAAGGAAAUUGCAACCUUUUUGGAGGCCGAAAACUCGAAGCAAAAAGUGCAACUGUCGAUCCAUCAGUUCACCAAUACCUGUUUCAAGCAGUGUGUUCCAUCCAUCAAUAAUGCUGAUCUCAGCUCACAAGAAGAGCAGUGUCUCACUAACUGUGUCAACCGGUUUCUUGAUACCAAUAUCAGAAUCGUCAAGGGCCUGCAAAGUAUUCAGUGA